AUGAAAAGAUGCUGCCGAUUCACUAAAAAGGGGGAGGAGAAAAAGUCCUUCGAGAAGCUGUGCCAGCUGUUCUGCCAUCCCACCAAGAAGACAUAUCCCCUGCUGGCGUACCACAGCUAUAUGAUCCGAAAUAGUUAUCCGGGGCCGCUGGUGACCUACGACAGGAUGGCUCGCUGCGAGAUGCGUCUCAUGACCUUCUCGGAUCUGACCGACAGCUACCUGACUUUGGUGUUCGAUAAGCUUGCUGAGCAAGAGAGGCAAGAGAAGAAAAGAAUCGGGUUGCAGAGGAAGAAGGGAAAAAGUUGUGCAGUGAAAAAGGAGAGCAAGUGCCGCAAAAAAAGAUAUCAUAAGUGUACGCAAAAGCCGAAAAAGAGGGAAAGCUGCCCGACGAAAAAGAAGAGCAGUGCAGAGAAGAAGGCCAAUCUACGGGCGAUGAUCAGGAGUGAAAUUCGCGCCGAGAGGCUGUACGAGAUGGAGCUAGGUAGGUGCCCUAAGGACGGGAAGCCUUGGCUGAGCCUCAUGCCCAGACAGAAGCUGCCCCACCACUGCAGAGGGCACACCGGAGAGAGGCUGCGGGCCACCGCCUACUCCAACUUCCAGCAGAGCUUCGGGAGCCGUUUCAGGCAAAUGCACCCGCGAGCCUGCCGCAAACGAGUGCGUGCCGAGACGCGUACCAGGUGGGACGCCCUGAAAUGCGACCAGCGAGUGCGCUUCGUCAUGAUGGCCCUCUUCUACCAUGUGAGCACUGGAGCCCUGGAUCCCCUCGAUAAGUGCGCUGUCGGGGCGAUGUACAGAAAACUGAAGGGCACGGAUUAG